GUAACCCCAACAACCAUCCCCACUCAAACAUCCGCGGAGCGUCCUCACCUCACUUAGUUCAGACAUUAAUCCGGACUUCCUGUGGAGGGCUGGGAUGCCAUGAGAACAAACAUAUCUGAGGACAGGUAGCAGCUCAACUCUGAGUCUCUGGUGGAUCACUGCUCUCUCUCUAAAUGCCGACUGCAUUUUGUUUCGCCACCUGUUGGUCAAAGUAGAUCGUGGCGAGACCAGCGGUGCCACGGUCGUUCGGGCGCAUUAGAAGUUGUUAGGUAAUUGGCUGGUUUUCAUUUUUUAUUGUGUGUUGGAAGUUGUCCCUGCAGUGUCAGAUGUGACAUGCAGAAAGUGACCCGAAUAUCUUGCAGGUGAGAACUCACUUCUGUCUUCAUCAUGGCAAGGUGCGAUCUGCUGGCUGGAGAGUUGGUUCCAAAUGAUCUGUCCCCCAACAUGUCAAUAAUGAAGCUACGCAAAUCAACAUUAGGUUGCAUCUUGUGCAGAUCUAUCGUUUUAGCAUUUUGCUGCGUCAGAUUCGUAGCAGAGCGUGAUGCAGUCACAUAAAUUUGGGCAAAGUUUGUUCCCCAAAUGUGAUGUAAAUAAAGUACUGCCUUUUUCUGUAUCGUCAUGCUCAAUUCACGUUUUGCACGAAGCUCAUUCCGCGAACCGCAAACCCAUUGUUGUUGUUGAUGUUGUUGACGGACUGAAGAUAAAGAAUAACCUGUCUUGAAUAUCUUCCCGCCCUUCUCGCAGUGCCCUCUUGGAGCACCACAGAGCGACUUGUUCGUAUUCAAGGGAUUUAAAUUCAUUUCCUGAAUCUUGAAAUUAUACCUUUUUUCACUCUUUGAUUAUCUCUUUGGACUCCACAGACAAGAUGACGCACAACUGCGCCAAGUUAGCGGGUCACUGCAAGAUCAUCGUGUUCGACCAGGAGUGUUUUCAGGGCCGUCGUCAUGAGUUCACGUCCGAGUGUAGCAAUGUGAUGGACUUUGGCUUCGAGACAGUUCGGUCCCUGCGAGUUGAGAGCGGCGCCUUUCUGGGAUAUGAACACGCCUCCUUCCAGGGUCAGCAGCUGGUUCUGGAGCGCGGCGAGUACCCCCAGUGUGACGCCUUUGGUGGAAGCAACGCCUACCACAUCGAGAGACUGACCUCCUUCAGACCCAUCGCCUGCGCUAACCACCGCGAGUGUCGCAUGACCAUCUUUGAGAAGGAGAACUUCUUGGGUCGCAAAGGUGAGCUCAGCGACGACUACCCGUCCUUGCAGGCCAUGGGCUGGAGCAACAACGAGGUGGGCUCCCUAAAGGUCCAGUCUGGAGCGUUCGUCUGUUACCAGUUCCCCGGUUACCGUGGUUACCAGUACAUCGUGGAGUGUGACCGCCAUUGUGGCGAAUACAAAAACUGUCGAGAGAUGGGGUCUCACUGCCAAACCCCACAGAUCCAGUCCAUCCGCCGCAUUCAGCAGUAGAAGGGGAACCUCUUCACUGAACCCCCAAACCUCCCGGUGCUGAGUAAACUGUCUGUUUUUAACCUGAUGACACACACACACCACACACAUGUUGUUCUGUUGUUUUACACACAAAAUAAAGUUGACUCAAACGAUUCCUCUCGGUUGUAAAUUGG